AUGGACAUGGGCGCGGAGACAACCCCCAGCUCCUACUGUAUACAGUUUGUGCAGCCUUCGAAAAAGAAGCCUAAACUAUUAAAUAAAUUUGAUAAGACUAUUAAAGCUGAACUUGAUGCUGCAGAAAAACUCCGUAAAAGGGGAAAAAUUGAAGAAGCAGUGACAGCAUUUGAAGAAUUAAUUCGCAAAUAUCCUCAGAGUCCACGGGCGAGAUAUGGGAAGGCACAGUGUGAAGACGAUUUGGCGGAGAAAAGGAGGAGCAAUGAGGUGCUGCGCAGGGCCAUCGAGACCUACCAGGAGGUGGUCAGCCUGCCCGAUGUCCCCGCGGACCUGGUGAAGCUGAGUCUGAAGCGGCGGUCAGACAGACAACAAUUUCUAGGUCACAUGAGAGGUUCUCUGGUUACGCUACAGAAAUUAGUUCAACUGUUUCCUGACGAUACUUCCUUAAAGAAUGACCUCGGAGUGGGGUAUCUGCUGCUAGGAGAUAAUGAUAACGCCAAGAAGGUUUAUGAGACGGUUCUGAAUGUGACGCCUAAUGAUGGCUUCGCUAAAGUACAUUACGGCUUUAUUCUGAAGGCACAGAACAGGAUUGCAGAAAGCAUCCCCUACUUAAAGGAAGGAAUAGAAUCUGGGGAUCCUGGCACUGAUGACGGGCGAUUUUAUUUUCACCUGGGAGAUGCCAUGCAGAGGGUUGGGAACAAAGAGGCCUAUAAGUGGUAUGAGCUGGGACACAAGAGGGGCCAUUUUGCGUCUGUUUGGCAGCGCUCGCUCUACAAUGUGAAUGGACUGAAAGCCCAGCCGUGGUGGACCCCGAAAGAAACGGGCUACACGGAGCUGGUGAAGUCCUUAGAAAGAAACUGGAAGUUGAUCCGAGACGAAGGCCUCGCAGUGAUGGAUAAAGCCAAAGGGCUCUUCCUACCUGAGGAUGAAAACCUGAGGGAGAAGGGAGACUGGAGCCAGUUUACACUGUGGCAGCAAGGAAGAAAAAAUGAAAAUGCCUGUAAAGGAGCUCCUAAAACCUGCUCUUUACUAGAUAAAUUCCCGGAGACAACAGGAUGCAGAAGAGGACAGAUCAAGUAUUCCGUCAUGCACCCAGGAACUCACGUGUGGCCGCACACGGGGCCCACGAACUGCAGGCUCCGGAUGCACCUGGGCUUGGUGAUUCCCAAGGAGGGCUGCAAGAUCCGGUGUGCCAACGAGACCAAGACCUGGGAAGAAGGCAAGGUGCUCAUCUUCGACGACUCCUUUGAGCACGAGGUGUGGCAGGACGCCGCCUCUUUCCGGCUGAUAUUCAUCGUGGAUGUGUGGCACCCAGAGCUGACGCCCCAGCAGAGACGAAGCCUGCCUGCAAUUUAGCACGUCGUGCGAGCUCGGGACUCACUGGAGAGAGGCUGCCUUUCUGGCUCUGGCUCCUCGGCUGUGGGGAUAGAAGUUCGAGCACCAACGCCCUUCGUUUCCUGGAUUUGCAGCCUGAAGAUUUCUAAACCUCCUCCUAUGGUUAGAAGACACUAAAGGGAAUAUUUGCCUUGCUGCAAUUCACUUAGAAAAUACCCUGCUGUAUUUCAGCCCAUCACAGCACCAAUCUGGUGCCUGUAUUUCAGGUAAACACAUGAUAGCUUCUACCUUACCAGCCAAAGAUGUAUUUUCCACUUAGAAUAGGCUAAAUCAGUGUACAGUGAGAACAUAUGUAGAAACUGUGAAUGGCUCGCUUGAGCUUGUAAUUUUUCUAUGCAAUUAUAUUUUUCUAGGGUAGCUGGAUGAUUCUUGUCCUCUUAUACCACUGCUUUUUUGUUGACUUUAAUGACAAGCUGUGUAAAUGCUUCACUUCUAGCUUUUUAAUGGUAACUUUCCUGGUGAACUCAGACUUCCCUCUUUUAAUUAUUUUUAGGCAAAGACACUCAUGAAAGAAGCAAUUUCCUAACACAAAGGAGGAAACUGUAAUUAUGCCAGUGUGUGUGAACUGUGCAGCUCCCACCCAUUCAGUCCGCUUGCCUUUUUAUCUUCAUCUAGAGCCAGUGUCUUCAUUUCUCUCCUUGCCUUGCGAAUGGUGGAGAUCUGUCAAAAUGGCAUUUCUUUCUAAGGGGAAGCUUUUAUGCUCAAAGGGGACAUAGAAUCAUUUUAUAUUGAGUUGUAAAGAUGCCACAUGUAAAAUUUUUUUAAUGCCAAGUGUUAGGGCUGGGGAAAAAAAGAAGUAAAA